GCUUCAGGAAACGGCUGCUCGACCAUUGAAAUCAUGACAAGUUCUAUCGAAAUACCAUAUUAUACAAGGACCCUUCCUUCACCACUUCCAACAAAUAGUGAUAUUGAAAUGGCACCAGACAUCUCUACUCCAUAUCGAGCACGCCGUGUUGUCAGGGUGGCCCCGUGCUUUGUAGUCAAGUUUGGGCUUGGAGUCGACUUGGUAGAAGGAGAGAACAUGAUGUUUGUCCGGGCCUCAACUAAUGUUGUUGUUCCUGAGGUGUAUGCCCUUUACUCUGACCCGCAAACAGGAGUGAAAUAUAUCAUCAUGGAACACAUUGUGGGCGACACACUCGAGUCACUGUGGCCGAAUCUGUUAUUGAGCCAGAAAAAACUGGUUGUCACCAGACUCCGAGCCUACUUUGAUGAGCUACGCCGAAUACCCUCACCUGGAUAUUUCGGAAGCCUUGGCGAGCGCCCUCUUCUCGACGAUACGUUCUGGACACCCGACCCGGACCCCUCGACCAACGGUCCUUUCCACACAGAAGACGCUUUCAACGAGGCAUUAAUGCGAAAAUAUGCCUGCGAUGGUCCGUCACCGCGUAGAGCGGCCUUUUAUUGCCAUGCCCUCCCUUGCAUUCUCUCUGGUCCAAAGCCGACAUUUACGCAUGGCGACUGUCAGCGAAAGAACAUUUUGAUGCGACAGACCGCUUCGACUGCGCUAUCCAUUGACGGAGGCAGCCCGGUCGAGGACUUGGAACCUGUCUUUGUUGAUUGGGAGAAGUCCGGAUGGUAUCCAAGCUACUGGGAAUAUUCUCUUGCUUUUUGGGCUGUCAGGUGGAACGACGACUGGGAUCAGUGGUUGGACGAAUUCUUAGACAAUUACACCAAUGAAGCGUUCUGGCUCGAGAGAUUUCGCUCUGAACUCUGGUCAUGAGACGAGCUGGGCGAGCGCCGUUUCGGCCAGCGGUCAAAUCAGUCUAUGCUUGCGGAAGCGUCUGCCAAUGCCAGCAUGCACAGUCAUGACAUGAAAUUAGUGUCUAGAUACAUCAUGACUAUCCCUGAGCUAGCCUUUCAACCUGCGUGAAGCAAUUAUAAAUUGACACGCGGAUAAAAAACGAAUGCAAAUCAACCAGAAGGGUCUACAGCAAAAAAUCUCUUGAAACAAUGAUGCCAACGCCAGCCAACGAUCAGGCCGUCUUCAUUCACGCGGCGCACGGGAGGAUGCGGAG